CCUUUCGCCAGGUCAAGAAGGCCGGUCUUGUCGUAAACCGACAAGAUGGCUUUUCCGUCGUUGUUAGCAGCCGCAUUGGUAUCAUUCGGAAUGACGAAAAUCGAAGCGGGGACAUUUCGUUGCGCGUCACUCACCAAUUUUCUGGGGUUGUUCGGAAGCCAUUUUGAGAAUGUGCUUUGUUGAUGUUGUUGUUCUCCUCAAUCACAACUACGAUCGGGAGUCAGAGGAAAAUAAAUGGAGCUAGGCUAAGCCAUUCAAUUAUCGUCUAUAGAGGUAUGGUCCAGGAAUUUUUUUCUCUUCGCCUAGACAACCGACCACCACUGAGAAUAGCUUCUUUUUCGAGUUUGGGCCGGUCUCGGUGCAGCGCGCCGAGGGCAGACCCUUGCCCGCAAUCGCAUCCUGAAGACAUUCACGUCUGUAAAUUCAUCUCGCUAUUACGAGUCUCUACGACUCGUCUGGGAAUCGGGAUGCUACACGGGACGCGCCUUGUCCAGGACUCGACGACCUUUCUCAACAGUGAUAGUACAAUGCUGGGCUUUGCACGCCUUCUGUCCUUCAAGGACCAUCGAAAGAACAAAACCAAUCCCCGAACCGCGUUCGGCAACCCCUCCAAGACUACGUCACUGUUGAGUUCAGGGCUCACACCCCGCGUUGCCCUUAUUAAACGGAGCGGUUUGGGCAGCCCUUGAUAAUACUGUCCAAGUGCCUGAGCACCUGCGACCCCUCAGGUAAGAGGCACUAGGGUUGUACUUCACGAUCAACGGCGCACACACGCCGGCGAGUAGUAAUGAUCCACGGAUGACAGUCCACCUGACGACCAGUCAAGUCG